AUGAGUAAUUCCUUUGCUGAACAAUUGGCAAAUGCGAAAUUAAAACCAAGUAAAAAUAAAACGAAGGAUUUUAGUGAUCCUAAACUAGCAGGUUUUAUCACAAAAGAUCAAAUAAGUGCAUAUCAAAAAACUGCAUUAGAAGCUAAUAUGGAAGAAUGGCAAAUGUUACUGGCUAAUGAAACAUUUCCUACAACUUAUGUUCCAAUAACAUAUUCAGAUGCCAAGUGCUUUAUUAAAAUAUUCGAAAAAUAUUUUCAAAAAUUACAUGAACAACAAUUAUUUGAACAAAUACGAGAUCGAAGAGAUACUUGGUUAAAUGAUAAUGAAGAUGAAAAACAAUGGUAUGAACAAUUAAAAGAACGUCUUCAAAAAACAAUGGAUCAAGCUUUUCCAAAUAAUAAUAAUGAAAAGAUUUUCUGGAUAUUUAUAAAAAUGAAUUAA